CCCAUUUGCCGUCGCCCGAUUCACAAUGCCUUCCAUCGCCGACCGCAGCGUCGAACUCGAAUCCAACGCCGUCGGAUCCGCCGGAGUUUCUACUCCUCCCAAACGGAGGCUGAGAUCCAAUUCGUCGCCGAUGAAGCUGAGUCCGAUGAAAUGCAAGCGCGUCGGAAUUUCUUCCGUCGUGAAAUUACGCAGCGUUAAGGUCGAAUCGGAGAGGAGCGUGGAGGAGGUAGUCGGAUCUGGCAGUGAUUUGACUCCUCAGAAGAGGAAAUUGAGGUCCGAUUCGUCGUCGCCGAUGAAGCCGAGACCGGUCUCGUCGCCGAUGAAGUGUAAAUCGGCUCGCCGGAACCUCAAUGCUUGCACCAGCACUCCUGCAAAUGGAAUUGAGAAGUAUUUCAGUCAGAAAAAGCCUCAAGCCUUUUGCAAACCACCGGUUGUUGCUAAGCCGAAUUGGAAUCCCAGAGGCAAGCCUUGUUUAAACAAACUGGGAUUAAAUUUUGGGACAAAAUGUGUUUGUUUUGUUUCUAAAUUAGCAAAUUGUGUUGAACUUGUAGAUAAAGAGCAGAUGAGGAUAGUGAAGGAGGCACUGCACUUGUCAACGGUCCCCUCUACUGUUGCGUGCCGCGAUGUGGAGCAGAAGAGGGUUCUGGAGUUCUGCAAGUCAUGCAUAGAGCAAGAGAAGCCUGGGAGUUUAUAUGUAUGCGGGUGUCCUGGGACCGGAAAGUCCUUGUCCAUGGAGAAAGUGAAACAGCUUUUGGUGAAUUGGGCAGGAGAGGGUAGAUUUCAGGAACCAGAUGUGUUGGAAUUGAACUGUACAUCACUAACAAAAACUUCUGAUAUUUUCGCUAAGAUACUUGGUAAAUACCAACCUCAAAAGAAAGCUAAUGGCACUACCUCCCUGCAACUUCUUCAGAAAUUAUAUUCUCAAAAGCCUCAGUCAGAUGGGACUAAGAUGAUGUUGAUAAUAGCUGAUGAGUUGGAUUACUUAAUCACUAAAGACCGGGCAGUGCUCCAUGACCUUUUCAUGCUCACAACAUACCCAUUCUCAAGAUGUAUACUUUUAGGAGUAGCAAAUGCAAUCGACUUAGCUGAUCGUUUUGUUCCAAAACUUCAGUCAUUAAAUUGUAAGCCUAUGGUUAUAACUUUUCGGGCAUACUCUAAGGAUCAGAUUCUCAAGAUUCUCCAAGAGAGGCUUAUGGCACUACCUUGCACUGUUUUUCAACCACAUGCAUUGGAACUUUGUGCCAGAAAAGUUGCUGCUGCAUCUGGAGAUAUGAGGAAAGCUCUCUGUAUUUCCAGGAGUGCAAUUGAGAUGCUGGAAGCAGAGUUGAGAGAAUCUACUGACAAGUUAAAUUCAUCAACAGCAGAGAAUCCAUUCUCUGAACAACAGACAGCUCCAGCUCUUGCUCUGGUGAAAAAACAGGAGAUUGAUAUUGUGAGAAUUGAUCACAUGGCCAUUGCUUUGUCAAAGACAUUCAAGUCACCAGUAGUGGAUACCAUACAAUGUCUUCCUCAACAUCAACAGAUUAUAAUGUGCUCUGCUGCAAAGCAUUUCCGUGGUGUGAAGAAAGAUACAACUAUAGGAGAGUUAAACAAAUCUUACGUAGACAUCUGCAAAGCAACACUAAUUCCCCCGGUUGGGAGUUUUGAAUUUUCAAGUAUGUGCAAAGUGCUAAAUGACCAGGGUCUCCUCAAACUCAGUGGCCAAUCCAGAGAUAUAAAAUCCAAGAGAGUGACAUUGAAUGUAGAUGAAGGGGACAUCACAUUUGCAUUGCAGGGAAUCCGGUUUUUUCGGACCUGUCUUGAGUAAUUAUGUUCAGCUUAGAGCUCAAAGCUCCCAAUAUUGACAUCAAGCCUUUAGAAAAGAUGACAGAAGAAUAACAAAGAAAAAUGUAGUAUAGGUUAUACACAGGAGAUUAAUCUUUGUGAUUGCUUGUACUAGCUGUUGUAGUACCAUUCUUUACA